ACAAUGGGCAUACUGUAAAGUCAUCUUUCAACAUUAUUAUGUGUGUAAAUAAAUGCUGAUGAUUGUUGUAUGUGCUAUUUUUCAUAGAACAAAAGUGUACUUCAAGUGAUACGAGUUCAUUUGUAAGCAAACCGUUCGUUUUUUGUAUAAAAUGAAAUGUAUUUAUAUGAAUUAUAUCUAUGCUAAAUCCAAAAAUGACUAGGAUAUGUUUGAUAACGCUGUUGAUGUAAUGUCUAGAGACCCUUGUUCACAAGAGAUUAAAAAUACGCUGUCUCUUUAAGAGGAAGAACGCCAGCCACCAACUGUUACAUGUAAAUAUAUUCAGAAUCCGAAUGAGUGAGGCGUGCCAGCAGCCAAUCGCUGAGCGCCUCCAACCGCGGGAGAUCCAAAUUUCGCGGGACGUAAUUUGGCGCUAAAAUACCACUCCUCUGUUGAGCUGAUGUCAAAGCAAAGCUUCUCUGCCGGAGAGGGAUUACACACACAGAGGGACGUUUCCCACCACUGCCGGCUUUACGCAACAACAACGAAAGGAACAUUUUCCAAGCUUUGCUUACCUUUUAAAGGUAGAUUUAUAAAACUGAAUGACCCGGGUACGUUUAUAUGUUCGACUUAAGUUAUUUGCAGUAUAUUAAGACAUAGUAGUCUCUCUACUUCCACUACAACAAAGGACCCCUGUGAGAGAGUUUUGUGUACAUCGGAUUUUAUAUUUGUGUUAUUUUCCACGCAUCAUUUAUUUACAACUUUAACAGGAUUUAUUAUCCUGAAGUGCAUAUCGUCUGUAGCAUUUGCAGUCUUUAAAAAUAUACAUAAUCAUUUUGACGUUUGACUUUUUCUCCAGUAAGCUAGAGACGCGAUUUGCCUAAUACAAUAGUUUAUUUUGCGUCACUUUCGCGGGUUUUCGUGCGCAAAAUGAUGCGGAUACCCAGAGGGAUUUCUCCUGCUUCUGGGAGAGGUGCAGUCUCUGGACUCUCGUGCCCGCAGAAGAAAAUGUUCUCCGCGGUGAGGACGGAUUUUUUCAACACUGGACUUGCAAGCCCACCGUCGAAUCUGGUACCGACUGGAUACUUCACUCAGAUCGGGAACACAGCAGCUGCGGAGCAGAGAGCCAACUGUUUGUACGCGACCCCCCAUGGGCCCGAACCUAAGCCGACGCGGAUCUCUUCCGGGCGGCUGCCGGCCAAGAGGAGACUGGAUCUGGAAGAGCCACUUUAUCUCCCAGAGUUCUGCACGCCAAAAGGGAAGGGAAACUCUGCAUGUGCGAGGGCACCAAGCCCUAAAACUCCCAAGUCUCCAGGGGAACGUACCCGUUAUGACACUUCCCUCGGUCUGCUGACUAAGAAAUUUGUGGGCUUGCUGAGCGAAUCGGCUGACGGGGUUCUGGAUCUGAACUGGGCCACAGAGGUUCUAGAGGUUCAGAAGAGACGCAUCUAUGACAUCACCAACGUUCUGGAGGGAGUUCAGCUCAUCCGCAAGAAAUCCAAAAACAACAUCCAGUGGAUGGUCAGUGGUGUGUUUGAGGGCUCGUCCUGCAAUUCAGAGAAGACCAGUGCUCUCAAGAAAGAGCUUUCUGAGCUGGACAGGCAGGAGAAAGCUCUGGACGACCUCAUUCAGUCUAGCUCAACACGGCUACGAGAACUGACAGAGAACAAGGACAACCAAAGAUUAGGAUAUGUGACCCAUCAGGACAUUCGUACCAUAACCAGCUUGAAAGAUCAAACUGUUAUAGCUGUGAAGGCACCAUCUGAAACCAAACUGGAAGUUCCGGAAGCAUCUGAGGGCUCGCUGCAGAUUUACUUGAAGAGCAAGAACGGUCCAAUUGAGGUGUACUUGUGUCCUGAAGAAUGUUUGGAGGACGCUAGUCCCAUCAAAAAUGCCACUCCCAGAAAAGAUUACCCACAAUCCCCCUGUGCCUCCACACCCUCCAUCUUCCCACCUGCCAAACCCCUGGCAGUUGAAGGUUUGCCGUCAAAGCCUCAGCAAUCAAUUACGGGCACAAGCGAAAGCACGUCCCAGCUUGAUGUGGAGGGGAUUCUGGAUCUUCCUCCCAGCCUUCUGCAAAUCACCGAAGACCAGCUACCCGGGUUGGCCUUCACAUCCGACACCUCUGGGCCUUUUGUUAGCUUCUCUCCUCAGCUCAGCCACGACGACUACCUCUGGGGUCUGGAGGAUGGAGAAGGCGUAUCUGACUUUUUUGACACGUAUGAUUUGGGAGAUUUGCUUAAAACAUGAGGCAUCCGGUGGAACGGAACAACUGACGGCAUGUAUGUUCAAUUGUAAUUAGUUUAAUUCAGAUUCAGAUCCUAUGAAGUUUUAAAACACUCCUUCACAUUAUGACAGAUUGAAGUUCAUAUAAAAUGCACUACUGAAUUGGCUUAAUUGGUUCUCUUUCUACUAGACAGUAAAUUUGGGAUGAGGCGGUGUUUUAAUAUUUUAAUACUGUAGUUAUUAGAACCAGACAAUAUUGUCAACAAGCACCCACUAGAGGAGAUUCAUGUGUUAGGUUUAGUAGACUAUGAAGCCAUAUUUUUUUUUUAUUUCUGUCAGCCAUAUUAUGCCUAGAGUAGGGUGUUUGAGAAAACAAAAAUCAAUUUGUCUUGUGGUUUAAUUAUUUAAAUUUAAGUUAAAUGUUCACCUGUUAGCAUUGUUUUUAGUCAUCGUUACUUAAUUAUUUACCUAAACGAAAAAAAGGCCUAUGUAUUUGCCUUGUCUAAGUAUGAGCUAGUAAUUCUUGAAAGAGAUGUAUGAAACUCAGGUCGUUUUAAAGCUUUUCUAAAGCUUUAAUUAUUGUAGUACUGUCAAACAUUACCAGCAGGGGGCGAUGUGGUCAUUUUUUUUUCAUCUGUCACCAAACAAAGGUGCUUCUGCAGAUAUGUAGACCAGUGAAUAUUAUAGACUAAAGAUUUGAGAGCUUGUAUGUAGUGCGCCUGCUUCAUCGACGUCAGACUCAACUUGAACCAGAGAUCUGAAAAACUCAGUCAUUCAAAUCAUUUCAGUUAAGAAACAAGUGCUCAGAUUUUAAGACAUGGGUUCUUGUCUGUUCAUUCUACCUCCAUCUUUUUAGUUUUGGACUCUGGUAAUGCCUUGAUCUUGUAACUGUGGGCUUUCCAAUGGCACUGAAUAAUGAUUAUGUAGAACUACAUAAUGCCUCAAGAAACAAGAUUGUACCCCUGACACGUCUGUGUAUUAAAACCUCAGGGAAUGUCUAGAUUUGGCAGCUGAUUUCCAAAUGAUUAAUUCAAAGUGAUUUAAACUGGUACUGUUUGAUGGCUGUAGAAUCAGUUUUUCCUGAAAUUAUGGUAAUGGAGUUCUCAGGGUUCACUUCUCCACUCUGUGUAGUUUAGGGGCCUUUAAUAUGAUCUGGCAGAAACCUUUGAUACUGUUUGAAGGCUGAACUGCUGGGAAUACAAAGCGAACUUUGUUUCCAGGAUUUUUUUUUCUUCCCCUUUUGGAGUUGGAACUCUUGCCACACCUGAAUGGUAGGUUUUAUAGCUCCAGAGACAUAGCAGAAUUGUAUCUGGUUAGUGUAGAAAAACACUUACUGAAAACACCCAUCUUAAAUGCAGAGCACAUUUGAGUUGGGAGAACAAUAUGGAAAAGCUUGAUUUUUACAACUAUAUAACCAUACCCAGUUCUGCAGUGAAAUUAUUCUUCUGCCCCAGACUAAAACUUGUAUUUAGCAUCAUUCUAGAAAACAUUUGUUUAGGGGUUGGGGUGGGUUUAAGAGAAGUUGUUAAUCAGAUUUGAUUAACUUGUAUAUGCCUUUUGAAUUGUGUACAAAAGUUUUAGCUGGGGUUUGCUUCAUGCAACUGUCCCAAAUGUGGACAACUGUCCUGUCCUAACAAACUUGAAAAAUGUGCGUCUGUAUAUGCAUGAGUGUAUUGAAGUGUGUACUUAAAGUUUGCAGUUUUGUGCAUUUGAUUGUAGUUUAUAGUGGGGGGGUUUCUUUUUUAAAUUGUACAGAAUGAUAAUUUUGUAUUUAUAGGUUUUGUAUUUGAAGGAAAAUGGUAAUUGUCUCAGGAUAUGUCAUUUUUAUAAAUACCGUCUGUUAACUGGCAGCACUUAAUAUUUGGUAGUGUGUGUGUGUGUGUGUGUUUAAAUUAAUAAAGCACUGGUAUAAAGCUCAAA